UUCCCCAGCGGAUCCGAUUACGAAGUCAGGGUCAUAAACCCUAAAUCAGAACUCAACACUCUCAGUCACUAGCAACCUCACGCAAAUCAUCAAUGGCGUCUCAAGUUGCCAUUUUUGCUCGAAGGAAAUCCCUAAUCAAAACCUUUAGCUCCAUCAAAUCCAUUUCCACCUUCACUUUCCUUUCUCAGGAACCCCAACUCGCCACUGAACCAACAGACUCCGAUCCCACCACCACCGCUGCCCCUACUCCUCUACCUCCAAACCCAGCCACUGGUAGCCCUCUCUACCAUGAGAACUGGCGCAGCCCAAUCCCAAACUCACCACUUGGUCAGUCUCUAAUCCCUCUCGGCUUCACCCAACAACACCUAGCCUCUCGCCUCCAUUCCACAUAUGAACAUCUCGACGUCAAUGCUCUGUUGAAUGUGUUCGCCGACUGGAUGACCUCGCAGCGAUGGUCAGAUAUAAAACAACUUUUUGAAUUUUGGAUACGGUCGCUGGACACAAAUGGCAAGCCUAAUAAGCCGGAUGUCAAUUUGUAUAAUCAUUACCUGAGAGCGAAUUUGAUGAUAGGAGCUACUGCUGGGGAUUUGCUGGACUUGGUUGCUCGGAUGGAGGAGUAUGCCUUGAUGCCUAACACAGCUUCCUUCAAUUUGGUGCUCAAAGCUAUGCAUCAGGCCAGAGAGACUGAGGCUGCCGAGAAGUUGCUCCAAAGGAUGGAGCUUACAGGGAAUGAAUCUCGGCCUGAUGACGAGUCUUACAGUUUGGUCAUUGGCAUGAUGUUCUCGACAUACAGAAUUGAUGCUGCCUUGAAAUAUGUAGAUAAGAGUUUGAAAUCUGGUUAUAUGUUAUCAAUGAGAGUGUUUAAUGAUUGUGUAACUAGCUGUGUAAACAAAGGCCGACUGGAUACUUUGGUGUCAAUUAUUGAGAAGUGCAAGACAAUGGAUCAGAACAAAGCUCUCUGUCCACCUUGGAACAUGUGCAACGUUAUUGCAGAAGCUGCUGUACAAGCAGAUAACAAUAAGUUAGCAUAUUAUGCCUUAGAAUUUAUGGCCAAAUGGAUUGUUAGAGGUGAGAAUGCAAGGCCGCCUGUUAUACUUUCUGUGGAUGAAGGGCUGAUCAUAUCCACACUUGGAACUGCUGGCAAGACCUAUAGCUCCACUCUUUUGGAUGCAUCAUGGGAAAUUCUCCGCCGCUCAUUGCGCGAAAAGAAGGCCCCGCAACCAGAAUCUUAUAUUGCCAAAAUAUAUACCUAUGCAUCUCUGGGGAAUCUGCAGAAGGCUUUUAGUACUCUUCGUGAAUUUGAGAUUUCCCAUGGGAGUUCUGACAAAGCAGCAGAAGAAGAAUGGUUCUCACCAUUUACUUCUUUAUAUCCAUUGGUUAUGGCAUGCUCAAAGAAGGGUUUUGAGACUCUGGACUUGGUAUAUUUUCAGCUGGAGAAUUUGAGCCGUGCAGAAAGUCCAUACAAGUCUGUUGCUGCUCUUAAUUGUAUAGUUUUAGGCUGUGCAAGUAUAUGGGACCUUGACCGUGCUUAUCAAACUUUUGAGGCAAUUGGCUCAUCUUUUGGAUUGACUCCUGAUGUUCAUUCAUACAAUGCUCUGAUGUAUGCCUUUGGAAGGCUCAAGAAGACAUUUGAGGCUGCAAGGGUAUUUGAGCACAUGGUAAGCUUAGGAAUCAAACCCAACUCAACAUCAUAUGCAUUGCUUGUUGAUGCUCAUAUCAUCAAUCGUGAUGUAAAAACUGCUCUCUCUGUAAUUGAUGAGAUGGUGUCCGUAGGAUUUGUACCCUCUAAGGAAACACUAAAGAAAAUCAGAAGGCGCUGUGUCCGUGAGAUGGACUAUGAAAGUGAUGAUCGUCUGGACUCCGUGGCUAAAAAGUUCAAAAUUCGAAUGGGUUCUGAGAUUCGUAGAGACACGCUGUUUAAUCUUGAUUAUGGCACUGAUUUUGCUGGAUAGGUUGCUUAUCAUUCUUCGUGUCAGUCUCAGUUUGGACUAGAACUCUACUUUUUGAACAAGAAGCCAAUUCUUGUUUGUAAAUUUCUUUGUUGUACUCAAAUUUGGGUGUUGGCAGCAUGACUCUUAGGAUCAUAGCCUCAUAAGUUUCUUUUACUUCAAAAUUAUUAUUUACGCAAACUAUAGGGGAGCGAGAUGAUCCAAGAAAUAUUUUCUAAUAAAUGUAGGACAAUUUUUAUUUUUAAUUUAGGGUAGAAAUUCUGUGUUAGGUGGAUGAGACCACAUCCUGGAAAUGGCUUAGAUGUCGGUGUCUUUCUCUACCUCAUUUGGAUUUUUUCUGCUCUCUGUAAAUGUUGAGAUUAAUUUUGGCUUUCAAGGAUUUGAUUUUGGAGCUCA